GCCUAAACACCAUAAUAUGUACUUUCUCUUUGGGAGACACCCAACAUCAGUUCUUAGAGGAAAAUAUAUGGUUGGGGCUAAUAUGCUAAUCAAACCUCCAUUUUCUCUCGUUCUUUGCUGCUUCCUCUUGGCAUCGCUCCUCUGCAUCCGGCAUGGAGUAGUCGCUCGUAGAUUACUGGAGGUUCAAGAAAAUGACAAUGGAACAAGCAAAGUGGGAAUAAGAAAAAGUAAGCCAACAACAGCACCAUCUUGGGUUGGCCAGAAUAAUCCUCCAAGCUCACAAAGCCACGGAGUUAAAACAAGUCAGGCAACUUGCACGAGGGCUAAUCGAUAUAAUCGUGAUUGCUUACCUCCUCCUAAUAAAGCAGUCAUAAGAAAAGCUCAUUGAAAAAACUCUAGCUGUCCUUUUGGAAUAAAAUUUUCGAGAGGGUAUUAUCUACUUUGUUAGUGAUGUUAUCAUUUGCUUGGGAAAAUUUCAAUUAAAGAUUCACGCCUUGAUAUCUGUCGUGUAAAUUUUUAUUCAUGCGAGAAAUCUUUGAUAUAUGUCUAUUCUUUUGUGAAGUAAAAAAAAGUAA